ACGUCAGCCCUGGUGCGGAAGAGCACACGUGCGGAGUCAACGCGCAGAAGGCCAGAAAUAUCACUUGAAGUCAUUUCCUCCUCAUCAUGGCUGUCAGAGCUGCGUUUGAGAAAAAUAAUGAAAUCGGAUGUUUUGCUAAACUCACAAACACGUACUGUCUGGUGGCGAUCGGAGGAGCCGAAACAUUUUACAGUGUGUUUGAAGGUGAACUGUCAGAAACCGUGCCAGUAGUUCAUGCCUCAAUCGCAGGCUGUCGCAUCAUUGGCAGGAUGUGUGUUGGAAACCGCCAUGGCCUUCUCGUUCCUAACAGCACAACAGAUCAGGAGCUCCAGCACAUUAGAAACUGCCUCCCAGAUCCAGUGAAAAUUCAUCGAGUUGAGGAGAGGUUGUCUGCUCUUGGGAACGUCAUAGCCUGCAACGACUAUGUGGCACUUGUCCAUCCCGACCUUGACAGAGAAACAGAAGAAAUCCUCGCAGACACACUAAAAGUAGAAGUUUUCCGACAGACCGUUGCAGAGCAGGUGCUAGUUGGCUCUUACUGCAUAUUCAGUAACCAAGGAGGUCUAGUCCAUCCCAAGACAUCCAUAGAAGAUCAGGAUGAGUUGUCCUCCUUACUACAAGUUCCUCUUGUGGCUGGCACAGUGAAUCGGGGGAGUGAAGUGAUCGCAGCCGGAAUGGUGGUGAACGACUGGUGUGCUUUCUGUGGGCUGGACACCACAAGCACAGAGCUGUCUGUUAUUGAGAGUGUAUUCAAACUGAGUGACUCCGUACAGCCUUCAGCCAUCGUCAACAGCAUGAGGGAUUCACUUAUUGACAGCAUGGCGUAAACCUGGGAAACCUCUGCAGCAGAUUCAAGUGACCAUGUUCUUCGCUGUGUGAUCCAAACACUUUCAUUAAAACAUGCCUUUAUGUAAAUGCAGACAGUUUUAUGAUCACACGUCUAACAGCUGGAUUAUAGUCAUGUGACAUUAGACGCUGAUGUGUGGGGUGUAAAUGAACAAAACAAAUACUGUGGUGGAACUGUGUUUUAUGUUCUGUAGUCUUUGUCACUACAUACACUUAGCAUGUACAAGACGGAUUGUAAAUUGUGUAAAAUAAUGAUUCUUCUUUUGCACAAAGCCACAGUCUAAAAUAAUAAAAGUUUAGGGGAUAAUGCUCCAAUCAAUAGUUUCACUGAAAAGGCAAAGCCAAACUGGUUGUGGGUGACAAUAUGAAAUUUCUGAAGGAGUUUCUCUUGUAUAAAAUGAGCUUUUGUCUGUUAACAGAUGGACUCUUUUCAAAUAAAAAUUCAUCU